CAGACUGACAUGGAGGCAUCAGCAGCACCUACCAGUCCUACUGAUGCAGAAAUAAGAGAGAAAGUCCGCUCCAUCAACUACAGCGAUACUGGGGAGGUUACCGUAAUGGGCCGACAGAUCAAAUACAACACCAGCAUGCGGUUUGAAUUCAACACGAUGCAGCUGAUCUAUUACUGCGAAGCGUGGGACAUCGGGAGCGGCCAAUCUGACAACUCCGGUAAACGCGAGAGCCGCCAGGGGGCAGCAGAGCACGCCAUCGAACACCUGUUCAAGCGCCUCAGGAAAAAUGGUACUCUCCAAGCGAAGGUUUCGCCGGAGCUAAUGAGAAAGAUUGGACGGGCAGAGUGCGCAGAGGACGCGGAGAGAAUUGCGGCAAGUGAGCGGCAAGGUGCAGAUUUCCCUGACAGUAACCAGACUGGCAUGGAGGCACCAGCAGCCCCUACCAGUCCGACUGAUGCCGAAAUAAGAGAGAAAGUCCGGUCCAUCAACUACAGCGAUACUGGGGAGGUUACCGUAAUGGGCCGACAGAUCAAAUAUAACACCAGCAUGCGGUUUGAAUUCAACACGAUGCAGCUGAUCUAUUACUGCGAAGCGUGGGACAUCGGGAGCGGCCAAUCUGACAACUCCGGUAAACGCGAGAGCCGCCAGGGGGCAGCAGAGCACGCCAUCGAACACCUGAUGAAGCGCCUCAGGAAAAAUGGUGCUCUCCAAGCAAAGGUUUCGCAUGCCUUUAAGACACUAAAGCACCUGUUGACAGAGGUGAAAAUAGCAGACGACUUCCGUACUGACACCUACUACAGACUGUCCAUGCACGUGGCUGAGUCAGGUCUGACCUUCCGUGCUGAGAAGGGAGACGAACUAGCCACGUGGAUCUACGCAGACGGGCAGUUAACUACCUGA